AUGCAGUUACAGUUGGGUCAGCAAAAUAGUUGCAGAGAGUCAGAAUCUGUAAAAUUCAUUAGAUCAAAUCUUGACACUGAAACUAGUGCCGAGGAAAUGAAGCCACUUAGGAAUAUGUCAGAGGAAAGUGAAUUAUCACGUUCUGUAAUGGCGUCAGCAUCCUCAGAGUAUGAAGGUGAAAAGCAGUCAAGAAGAAAUAAGUUACUGGCCAGGAAGAAAUAA